AUGAGAAACCCUCUGUGACGCCGGAACGCCCUACCCCGCUUCUCAUCACAAUCGCAGCUGACACGCCGAGCUUCUCAUCGCCUGCCAUUACAACAAAAAAUUGUAAAGCAAGUAACCGAGGGAAACGAAAGGAACACAGUAGUUUAUACGAGUUGAGCACACCGAGGUGCCGUACACACCCCACCGUGCUAUCGGCGCACUAACGGAGGGGAGGGGUCCUGUCAAGUUUCUUACUGUCUAUUCUCGUCCAUUUUCAAUUUUUUCGGGGCCGCAAUAAUUAUGGGAGCGGUUCAUUUUGUAGAGGUCGUUGAGACCUUCUACCAUGCAAAAAAUCAUGUUCUGUCAUUCGUUGAAUACCUGAUAAGAUAUGGGGGAGAAGUGUCAUUUGUUGCGAAUAAUGAAGGGAAGUCUCCGUUCUAUCUGGCCGUUGAAUUUGGGAAAGUGGAUUUGGUUGAGCUUAGGUUGCAGAUUUGCAUUGACGAGGGGUAUUAUUCCAACUCUGAGGACAUCAAAGGGAACUCCCCACUUAAUGCUGCCAUUAGGGGAAGAAAUAAAGGUAUGUUAGAAAUUAUCAUGGAGAAAAUGCCAAAAUUCAUUCUAUUAAGAGAUGAAGAUGGGGAAACUCCGCUCCAUUGUGCAGCAUCCGAAGGUUACUAUGAGGGAGUUCAAUACUUGCUAGACAAAUCCAGUGAAUGUGUACUUGAAAGGGAUGGCAAUGGCUUCUUGCCUGUCCACACAGCAUCAGGAAAAGGCCAUUUGGAUAUUCUUCGGAAGUUGCUUCAGCAUUGCCCUGAUUGGAGGGAGUUGUUGACAAACGAAGGUGAGAACAUUCUUCAUGUUGCUGCUAGGAAUGGGAAAAGCAAUGUCAUCGAUUAUAUACUUAAGACUCCUGAGCAUGAGAAACUUCUAAACGAGAGAGAUGAUAGUGGGAACACACCUCUGCACUUGGCAGCAAUCCACUGGUAUCCUAAAGUAGUAAGUUCUUUGACAUGGGACAAGAGAAUUAACCUGGAAUUAGUGAAUGGUGAUGGCAUGACCGCUCUUGAUGCUGCUGAGGAACGCAUGGAUACAAUGGCUUCAUUCCGCAAGCGAUUGACCUGGAUGGCAUUGAAAUCUGCGGGUGCACCGAAUAGAAAAUGCUCUAAAGUUCCAAAACUAAUUACACAAACUUCAUUGGGAUAUCAACAGCCUAACAUGGAAAAGUACAAGGACAGGAUCAACACACUCUUGUUGGUGGCAACACUAGUAGCCAUGGUGACAUACACAGCGGGUUUCACAAUGCCCGGUGGCUACAACAAUUCCGAUCCAAACCAAGGCAUGGCAACUAUGCUGAAUAAAAGCAAGUUCCAAAUAUUCGUGAUUUGCAACACCAUAGCCAUGUUCAGCUCAAUGAUAGUUGCAGUGUCUCUCAUUUGGGCACAGUUAGGUGAUCUCAAUUUAAUCCUCACUUCCCUCAGAUUGGCCCUACCAUUGUUGGGGCUAGCUCUUUUUAUGAUGUCCUUAGCAUUCAUGGCAGGUGUAUGUCUAGUUGUUAGUAAACUCACUUGGUUGGCCAAUGUUGUCCUGAUCAUGGGAAUUGUUUUCCUUUCCAUUCUCUUAGUGCUCUUUAUUCCACUCUGUAAAAUUCUGGAAGUUCUUAAACAUUUUAUUCAUCUUUGA